GUAAGAAGAGUUUUGCUCCAUUUCCCACUUGCGCACAUCGCUUCCAUUGUAAAUACUAAAGUCCCACAGUAUUACUAGAUUAGGUAUAUAUAUAGGCGUGUGUAUCUCUCCUUGCACCAAACCAGAAGCUUUCUUCUUUCUAUCUCUCUAUCUAGAGCGCGUCUCUGCGUUUUUCUCAAUACUAAAUCAGCUUAAGCUGACUGAUUCAGAUUGCUUCAAACUUCACUUCUGUGUUCAGUUCUGUCUUUCUUAAGAAGGGGCACCACAACAACUGAAUUGAUUGGUCUCUUCAGAUCUUAGUGAUUCAUCGACAAGAUUUACCAUCUGGGUUUCAAUCUGAACGGUGGGAAUUGGAUAUUUGAUUCUCUGAUCUGGGGUUUUCGGUUAAUGCUGAUUGAAUUUCGGGACUGAAAGGUGUUUCCUUUUUGCUUCUGCUCCCACUCGAUUCUCCGGGAGAUUAGCUUUAGCUUCGGGUUUGAGUACCGAUUGAUGAAGGAUCUCUUGCUCCUGGAUUGAAUUUGAAUCCCAGAGGUUUCUCCCUCGUUGCCAGAUUCAAAAUUUUCUACUUUUUCCUGGUUGAUUAUCGAUUUCUUAAGUACUGUAGUGCACAGAGCAAAAAAAUGGAAUCUGACAAGGGUAAGCUUUUCAUCGGCGGGAUAUCGUGGGAAACCAAUGAGGAGCUUCUCAAGGAGUAUUUCAGCAGCUUCGGAGAAGUGGUCGAGGCAGUGAUCAUGAAGGAUCGUAACACAGGCCGUGCCCGUGGUUUCGGGUUUGUGGUGUUUGCUGAUCCGGCUGUUGCCGAGAUAGUUGUCAAGGAGAAGCAUAAUAUUGAUGGGAGAUUUGUUGAAGCAAAGAAAGCUGUUCCUAGAGAUGACCAGAACACAAUAAAUAAGAGCAGCAAGAGUAACAGCAUUCAAGGUUCUCCGGUUUCAGGCCGCACGAAGAAGAUUUUUGUUGGUGGAUUACCUUCGUCGAUAACAGAAAGCGAAUUUAAAAUGUACUUUGAGGAGUUUGGUACAACUACAGAUGUUGUUGUUAUGUAUGACCAUAACACACAGAGGCCUAGAGGCUUUGGAUUUGUAACUUAUGAUUCUGAGGAGGCGGUGGAAAAAGUAUUGCUCAAGACAUUUCAUGAGCUUCACGGUAAAAUGGUUGAGGUCAAGCGAGCUGUCCCUAAGGAGCUAUCGCCAAGUCCAUCGCGUAGCAGCCCAUCAGGAGGAGGUUACGGCUAUGGAGCUAAUAGGGUCAAUAACCUCCUUAAUGGAUACAAUAUCACUGGGGUAGGAGCAGGACUUGGGAUGGAUGGUCGGUUCAGUCCAGUUGUUGCUCCUGAACGAAGCGGGUAUGAUCCUUUUGUUUCUGGCUACAGGAUGAAUGUGAGCUUUGAGCAGGGAGCGCCAAAUAGCUUUACCGGGGCUGAAAACGUUUCAUAUGCCCGUGGAUUGAGCCCGUACUACAUUGGUAACACGGACAGGUAUGGCUAUGAAGAAGGCAAUGGAGGGAACUCGUCUUUCUUCAGUUCUGUCACACGGAACCUUUGGGAAAACAGAGACCUUACCUAUAGCAACGCUCCAAACUCAGGUUCCAAUACAUAUGUGGGAUCAACAGGUGGGAACACAGUAAUAAGCCGUCCAUUUGCAAGUUCCGGAGGAAGUUGGGGUCCCGGAAGCAACGCACAAAGUGGAAGGAACAAUGUUAGUUUUGACAGGUUUGGGUAUGGAGGAAAUAAUGGUGAAUCUAGCUUUGGGUUUGGAACAGCAGGAUAUACAAGAAUAGCACCACCUUCUUCUACCUCGGUGGGAACAAACACUGGCUAUGAUGUAGGUCUUGUAGGGUUACAUGAGAAUGGUGCGGUUUAUAGUGAUCCUACUUAUAGAGUGUCGUCAUCCGAGAAAGGAGGUCUUAACUCCUUUGGCUAUGGGAUUGGAGGUCUUUCCUCUGUUUCAGCUAAAAGUUCAACUCCAGGCUAUGUUGGUGAUUACAGUGUUAACAGGAGACAAUCAUACUGUGGAAUUUCUACUUAGUACAAUGGUUUUGGCUUACCAUGAAAUUUUAGAUUGAGACAAGUUGAAGAAUGGUAGCUCUUGACGAAUCUUAUAUAACAACGUAUGCAUGGGAUGAAACCUCUUCAUCACCUUGAGCUAGCUAAGUGGAAGAUCCUGCGAAUUUUGGCUCUCAUGGUUUGCUUCUCUCUAGAAUUUUAGGUUUUUUUCUUUUCCUUGUUACUUUGGUUCGAUUAGAGAGAGAAUAUAGGGUUUGCGGGAUAGAUUCAAAAGAAGUGUAUUUUGUUAUCUCCUCCGGAAAAAAAAAUCAUUUCUUUUUCGGUUAUAUCUUUGUGUUUGAGGCAGAUUGUAAUAGAGGAUGUUUCUUUUCUCUAUUUAGCUUUUUUUUCUUCGUUUUGAUGAUUGAGCUGUUGAGGACUUGCUCAAUGUGUUGGGAUUUUUCGAGAAUAAGUUUUAUAACUUUGCAAAUUCUUUGUUCCCAAGCUGCUUGUAUGACUCAUGCGAACACAAACUAAACAAUCUUAUGG